GCUCUCUUCCUUAGGAGUGGACAAUGCACUGCCACUGUCUGGGUGAGGGCAUCCCCCCAGUUCCCAGUUCCUACUGGAUCUCAGGCUUGGCUUUCCCUGACUGGGCCUACAAGGCAGAGUCGUCCCCGGGCUCCCGGCAGAUCCAGCUGUGGCAUUUCAUCUUGGAGUUGCUUCAGAAGGAGGAGUUCCGCCAUGUCAUUGCCUGGCAGCAGGGAGAGUAUGGAGAGUUUGUCAUCAAAGACCCAGACGAAGUGGCCCGCCUCUGGGGCCGGAGAAAGUGCAAACCACAGAUGAACUAUGACAAGCUCAGCCGGGCCCUCAGAUAUUACUACAAUAAGAGAAUCCUGCACAAGACCAAAGGCAAGAGGUUUACUUAUAAAUUCAACUUCAGCAAACUCAUUGUUGUCAACUAUCCACUGUGGGACAUGCGGCCCCCACCCCCACCCCCUCUGUUGCUGGGUGCCCCAGCCAUGUAUGGUCCAGCCUUGGUGCCCAUCGGUGUGCAGAGUGAGCUUCUCCACACCAUUCUGUUCACCCAUCGAGCAAUUAUGGAACAGCUGGCUGGACAGCGGAGCCCCCCCAGUCCCCUGGAACCCCCUGGAGAUAAGAAGGGAAGCAGCAGCAGUGAACCCCGUCUUGGCUUUCCCCAAGCUCCUUGCCUGUUGAGCCCCUGCUACCAUUUCCAGAACCCCCGGAAUGAGCUGCCUCCUCUUGCCUCUUUGCCCCCUCCCCUUGCAACUUCUCUUCCAAAUGAGCGGCCACGAUUCUCCAGGCCCUUCCUCCCUCCUACCCUACCAGAGCAGCAGUCCCCUGGGCCCUCUAAGAUGGAUUCUCUAUUUGCUGGAAUGGGAUUGCCCACAGAUGGAAAGGUUUUGCCAGGUUUUUCCCUCCUAGCUGGGAUGGGGCCUGGGGCAGGAGAGAGGUUGAGGUUCCUAUCUCUGAGGCCAGAGGAGACAGAAGUAAAGCAGGAUUUAGAGGUGGGAGGAAAGGGAUGUCAGAGACCUAUGGUAGAUUUCCCUUCAGAGGUUCAGAGUCUCAAAACCAGGGAGGAAAAACAUGCAUCGUCCUGUCUGGAGACCUUCAAAGCCAUGUGGUCUUUGGACCCUCCUUAA